AUGUGGCCAGCCGUGGUUGCUCUCCUGCUGCUGGACAGUACAGGCAAUCUGGCAUUAACGGUAAACGAGCUGCUGAAACGCAGCCACCAGGAGCAGCAUUGCGAGACGCUUUUGUUGCUCAGGCACAGCCGCCAGCUGCCCUGCAGCCAAAUGGAGCAAGUGGCGGCUGCCGCCACGUGGCCCGUUCUGCGCUUUAGCAGCGAGGCGAACUUUUAUCUUAAGAGCAGCCAGAGCACAGAAAUGUUGGCACUAAUAUGUCUGACUGGGCAUGUGGAGAUGGAUCUGGCAUUGUGGCAGGCACUGGCCAACAAUCUGUACAACAUGCGGCAUGCGCGGCUGCUCCUAUUGCUGCAGCAGGCAACGGCACAGCCUUUGCAACAACAGCUCCGGGAGCUGGCUAACACUGCGCGGCAGCUGCAUUUUCCUCAUGUGGUGCUGCUGCAGCUGGCCACAGGCAACGCCUAUCAACUGCAGCCAUAUGCAAAGGAGCACUGGCUACAGCUACAGCCAACUAGCAGCCCGAUCUUUGCCAGGCAAUACAACUACCAUCGGCUGACGGCACGCACGCUGCCCGAUCAGGUGUCGCCGCGUUCGCUGGGCUAUCGGGAUCGGAAGACCGGUGAGCUGCGCAUGACGGGCUUUGUGGCCAAGCUGAUGCAGGAGUUUGCGCGCGUGCACAACAUCUCGUUGCGAUGGCAGCGCCAGGUAAUUAUUGGGCAUCAGCUGUCCAUCAUAAUGCUGCGCAACAUGACGCUCAAUGGCACGCUUCAGCUGCCCAUAACGCUGUGUGGCUACGAGCUGCCCACCAAAGAGGGCUACUACACGUAUCCGUUCGAUGUGGCCGAGUGGUUUGUCAUAGUGCCCUGUGCCCAGGAGAGGCCCACGGCCGAGGUGUACCUAAUAGUGUGCAGCUGGAACAUGCUGGUUGUGCUCCUCGGCAGCUACUGUGUCUUUGCGCUGCUGGACACUUGCUUUGGCUGGCUGCUGAUGCAGCAGCAGGUGGAUUGGACCAAUCUGGUGUUCAAUGAGCGCAUGAUCUCGGGCAUUAUUGGACAGCCGUGCAAGCUGUACGCACAUGCCACGAACAGCUCACGGCUGGCUCACGCCCAGCUGUUCCUGCUGAGCCUGAUUUUUAGCACACUGUUUGCAGCCCAGUUGAAGACGCUGCUGACCAAGCGACCCAUGGAACGGAUGGUUACCACUUUUGAGGAGCUGCGAGACUCUCAUUUGAGCAUUCACUUUGCCGAGGGCGAACACUUCUAUGUGAGCAUGAUGAAUCUGGGCACUCCCAUCGACAUCAUCAGAUCAAAGAUCACAUUUCUACAGACAAACCUCUUUUAUAAGGAACGCAAAAGUAUGAACAAGUCGAAAGCAUUCUCCAUGACAUCCACCGAGUGGCAGAUUAUCAAAGAGCAGCAGAAUCUAUUCCAAAGGCCUGUGCUAUGCUUUCAGCCUGGUCUGAUCUUUCGCUACAAGAUUCUCGCCUCCGUGCCCUUGCAGGCGAACUCCAUCUUCGCGGAGCCACUGGAAGAGCUCAUGCUUCGAGUGCACGACACGGGACUCCUGUUGCACUGGAAGAAGCAGUCCUUGGGCGAGCUCAUCGCACUUGGCGAGAUCAGUGGCAAGGAUCCGUAUCCGUAUGUGCCCUUUUACGACUUCAAGGUGGGCGAUUUGUUCUGGGUCUGGCUUGGCUGGGCAUGGGCCUUGUGCCUGGCAUUUGUAGUCUUCUUGUGUGAGUUAAUUGUUUACCGCAUGAGCAAGUAUUUAAAUAAUUAA